CCAAAAUAGGCGUGACUUUAAUUAGGAGUAUCUAUAAAUUUCCCUAAUCAAACAUUGAUCCAAAUCGCCAAUCCACAGUACUCCUAAUCAAACUCACCGUUAGGUGGGCGAGACAGAGAACAAGGCAACAACCGCAAGCACAAACUAAUUAGCGUAAUGGUGCAAGUUACCACCCUUAAAUUCCUCAUGCGUGGCGCCGCCACCGCCGCCGCUUGCACCAAGGAGCGCUCCGGCGUCCGGGCCGUCGAGGAAGCCGCCAAGAGUGCCAUCGGCCCCGUCUACGACAAGUUCCACCUCGUUCCCGACGAGCUCGUCCGCAUCGCCGACCGAAACUCCGAUAGCUCCGUCGAGCACCGGCCUACCCCGCAUCCCAGCUGUACAGCCGUCUCGGGCAUCGCCGGAGCCGUUUACGCUAAGUGCGAGACGGUGGCGAAGGAGCUGUACGAGAGGUACGAGGCCAAGGCGGAGCAGUGCACUGUGGCAGUGCGGCGGAGACUGUUCCCUCAGGUGUCAAAUGCGUCACAUUGGACGGAGAAGUACAACGAGAAAGUUGCGGCGGCGGUGGAGAAGGGUCGUAGGGUUUCGGCAUUGGUUGCUACGGAGAGGAUAUCUAAGAUGUUUAGUGAGAAACGAUCAUGAACCCUCAACUUAUUGAUCUAGCUAGUUGGUAAAGAUGGAGUUCAAAUUAUAGGUAAGUUCGAAUCUCGCUAAUGGAUGUGAAAAUUUAUCAAAUAGAUAAUUUGUAGUACUUGAGCGAGACAAAUGGUGUUGCACUUGCACCUUCUCAGUUCUUGUAUAACCUCUUUUUUACUUGUAUGAAUUUGAUUAGAGUUUCUUUCAUGUCACUCUUUGCUAUAGCCGAUUUUAUGCUUUUUUGCUGC